AUGAGUGAGGGAAAAUGCCGCAGUGUAGCUGACUUCGAAAAGCUAAAUAGAAUCGGAGAAGGCACCUAUGGGAUCGUUUGUAAGUUUAUCCUUAUUCUCACUUAUCCCCAUCGAGCCAAGGAUACUAUUUCAAGAGAAAUUGUUGCGUUAAAAAAAGUCCGCAUGGAAAAUGAAAGAGAUGGUAAAAUAUACUAUGCAGCACAGUUUCUAGGCAUCCCUAUUAGUAGCCUCCGAGAAAUCACGCUUCUUCUUAGUUUAAAGCAUCAGAAUAUAGUACAUCUGCGUGAAAUUGUGGUAGGAAGGAGUUUGGAGAGCAUAUUUCUCGUCAUGGAGUAUUGUGAACAGGAUUUAGCCAGCCUGCUCGAUAAUAUGCCAAGUCCCUUUACAGAAUCGCAGGUACAAUCUUUCGAUUCUCAUUCAAAGAUUAAAUGCAUAAUGCUUCAACUUUUUAAAGGACUUCGUUAUAUGCAUGAAAGCUAUAUCAUUCAUCGUGAUCUCAAGGUAUCCAAUCUUCUAAUGACGGACAAGGGGCUUGUAAAAAUUGCUGAUUUUGGUUUGGCUCGUCCCUCCAACUCCCAAAAUCCCAUGACUCCUCGCGUUGUCACGCUUUGGUAUCGUGCCCCUGAAGUCCUUCUUGGUGAUCGUCAUCAGACUAAAGCUGUAGAUAUGUGGUCUGCAGGAUGCAUCAUGGGAGAACUUCUUUUGCACAAGCCACUUCUGCCCGGAAAGACCGAAGUUGAUCAGUUGGAAAAAAUAAUCGAUUUAUUGGGCACACCAACAGAGAACAUUUGGCCAGAUAUUCAGAAGCUGCCGAUGAUGGAAAAAAUUACACUUAAAAAGCAGCCCUAUAAUAACCUAAGGCACACAUUCUCUUGGCUGUCUGAGGCUGGCUUGCGCUUGCUUAACUUUCUUUUUAUGUACGAUCCUACCCGGAGAGCUCGAGCCCGUGAAUGCUGUCAAAGCUCAUACUUCAGGGAGCAUCCUUUACGUAAGUGA